AAUGGGUUUGGUAUGCGAGAAGUAGUUGCAAUGCUUUCAGGGCAGGAGUCGGGAGAAUUAGUCAAGGUAAAGGUCCGCUCCCGGCCGAAUAAGUCGGCGCCGUGUUCAAUCGGCCGAGUAGACACAACAACAGACCUACUCACGAUCGAGAUGACGAGGUAUAAAAGUAAGUCAUUUCUAGGUAUUGAGUUCAGAUUCAAGGUCUUGAUUUGCCGUGUAAUGCCUUGCUGCGAGGUUCGUUCAUCCGUCUUGUCAUUGUCACCUUCUUGGACAACCCCUGAAGCCUCACUUACACCGACUCACAAUGCACAUCCUCCUUCUAAGUUCUUCAAACCACAACAGCGCUCGCAUUAUCCAAUCUGCUCUGUCUCGAAACUUUACUAUCACUUUUCUUACUCCCCAGACUUCACAAAUUCCUCAUCAUGCAAACGUCACUCUGAUCAACGGCCUACCCGCAUCCCAACACGACCUCGAAAUAGCUUUACAGACACCAAAGCCCCCUGAAGCAGUCAUACUCGCUUUCUACAACACCCAUGUUCUCGAAGCAGUCACUCACAGUCUGGUCAGGGCUUUAAGAGCCAUUCAGUCUGCUAAAGUAAACGAAGAAAAGGAAGCUGCAGCAUUGCCUCUUCGUCUUGUGUUUAUCCAAAGUAAUGCGAUGCAGCUAGAGGCAGACGGUUACAAGAAAGUCGAUAAAAUAGUACGAGAAAGCGGUUUACCUUUUGAUCUCGCUCAGUGUCCUCGCUUAGCUGGGGAACUCUCCGCCACCAUCCGGGCUUCGCCUGAAGAAGGGCGUGUUGCUGCUUGGUUGGCCACUGUCAAGAGAGCGAGGAUGGCCCAUUUCCCGGUAGAUAAAGCACGGGAGAACAAGUCGAAUGGAAGGGAAGAAUCUGGAGUAGGUGAUAUCAAGUUGGGAUGACAGAAAUCGCAACGAUUCAACUGUGUAUUUUGAGAAGGAGUUGCUUGCGGGGAUAAUUUGGUAUUGAUCCUUCAUCAAGAGCUCAGUUCGUU